GACGUUUAGAAAAAGCUAAAUCUUCCUUCCUACCAGGAAUACAUACAGCAAGCAUCUCAUGUUAAUAUCACCAAGGCAUGGAAGCGAGUUCACCCCGAAGUGACGAGCUGUUAGUGGCCGGUGAGAAGACCCCUCCCCUAUGCGUCCGCCCCACGGGUCGCCAGGUAAUCAAGUACACCGUACUGGGCACACUCCAGCUGUUCUGCUACGCUCUGCCUUAUUUCCUUACGGUCUGGCACGUGGUGGAGAAAUACACGGGGGAGGCCAUCGUUAACAACCAGCAGGGGUACAUGUACGGGUGGGAUGUCACCGCUGAGAGUUUUAGGAACAUAUUGGGAGGGGUGUUUGCUGGGCUGGUGCUGGUGUCGUUAGUGAUUUAUGUCUUGGUGACUGUGCUUAGCAGACGACAUGCAAGAAGAUGGUGGCGUCCCUCUAUCACCCUGUAUGUGUUGUUCUGUUCCACACCUGUCAUGGUAUUACUGGCCCUGGCGUUCAAGGUAGGUGGACAUAUAUAG